AUGUCGCAAAUUAGCCCUCGGCCUGAACCACCAGUAGUCGAAAGAGAUGGCUUCUCACUGACGAAAGAGCGCUUCUGCGCCAGCCUCGGGAAUGUCGAGCGGGUGAGCGGGAGCCAAUUGCGCGAGUUAUUUUGGUCAGAGACUUUACGAUUGAAAAGAGACCAGAAAAAGGCCAGCGAAGAAGCUCGGGAGCUGUUUAAGAAAAAAGGCUUUUUUGCAGGACAACUGAGGCAUUAUGGUAUCACUUUUCAUCCGAGGAAGACGAAGGUCGGAGAACAAAAAGAGCUUUUGAUGAAUGCAGUCGCUCAAGGACAGUACGAUCAUGUUCCACAGUCCGUAUUGUCGUUGAGACAGUCGAUGGAACAAGUUCUAUACCCUUUGUGUGAGAAGUGGCAAAAGGAUGUGCAAGAAUGGGACGCCAACGAUAGACGCAAAAGACUGGAAGAACUGAACAAAUGCAAGACGCCAGGCGAUAAAGCAAACUACGAUCUAGAUCUCUUUCUCGAACACUACUUCAUCACUAAUGGUCAGCCCGAUCAUCACAAAACCCCAGAACCUCUGUCGUUGGAAGGAUUUGAUGACAGGCUGGGUAUGCAUCUCAAGGCCGGAGAAGUUCCCGGAUUGUACUCAAAAAGCGGAGGCUCUAAGGAUAACCGAACACUUUGCAUUGGGUGGAAUACAAACGCUGUGAAUGCGCUAGCGGCGUCUAUCGACACGCGCGCUCGUGAAGCAGAGAAGCAUGAGAGGGAGAAGAAGUGGACGCAAGCAAUGGAAGCGCACGAACAGUUCGUGUCAAGCCUCAAGCCACCUCCACCAAGCCGAGGCCGAAAGGCAAAACCACGGUUUGAUCUUGAAAAAUUCCAGGGCUCGUAUAUCAUCAAGUGCCAUCCUGUUACCGAUGGUUGGAACCACCUCAAUUCUCACAUACUCACCAUGGACAUCUUCCCAGGCGAAGGGAAUACUCUGAGAGCCAAUUUUGAUUUCGGAAUCAUAGUUGGAGCUAUGCUUCUUUCAAAUGACGAAGAAAUCUUGGACGAUCUAGUUGGAUCUGAUAAUGAGUCGGAAACGGAGGAGAGUGACGAGGAAGACACGAAAAAGGGCCGCAAGAGGAGCAUCAAGAAAGGCAACAAGGGCGCGAACAAAGGCCACCCUGCAAAGAAGAAGAAAAUUACACCUUCGCUGUCUCGUCGCGUCUUUUAUCGAUUGCGUGGAAAGGAGACCGGGGAAGGCGAGAUUCUGCCUGACGUAGAGGCUGGGGAGAUCGAUUUUCUCAACGACGACGGUACCAAGUUCUCUGGUGUGGCAUAUGAAUUUCCUUACGUUGGCAGUAGCGUUGACUUCAGUGGAUAUAAGAUAUCCAACACGCCCAAGGGUUUCGCAAAGGAUUGGAACGAUUAUUCCGAAGCGGCCUAUGAACUUGCGAGGAUUGGACGGUGGCGAUGA